AUGUUGAGAUGGGCUCUAGCAUUGAGAAUCAGGCGCAUCAUUGUCACUUCACCAACUUUCCUGCGCCAGUCGUUCCAUAAGCGAUUUUACAGUAGCAGUCCCCCGUUUGAGCCUUCGAUAGAACGCUAUCAAGUUCCAUGCGCCUCUGCUGGUGAGAUUACUGUCAGUCUGUACAAUGUCGCGGACCGGCCGCCAACAGAUCCCUUGAUCAUCUGGAUCCCCCCGUUUGCCGCCCGAGAUGAGAACGACCCAAACUACCAUCUCCCAUCAUGGCUUCAUAGAUUCUCAGUUGCCGUAAUCCACUACAGAUGGUCUGGCUUGUACGAUGAUGAAAGACCAAAGCCAAAGCCAAAGCCAAAAUCACAACUCAAACCAAAGCCUCGUGUCGAACCCGAGCUUGACGAUGAAGGAUAUUGGUCGAGCGGAGCAUCCGAGGUCAAGGAAAAAGAUGAGGAAAUCGAACAAGACGAUGAUGAAGACAUCAACAGAACCCCUCUCCACUGGCCCACCCCCAUCCACGACGUGCUCUUCGGCUACUCCUGGAUCACCCAAAAUCUCCUACCUAAAUAUCCCAAGCGCAAAGACGUCUACAUCUGCGGCUCCUACCUCGGCGCCUCUCUCGCCGCCGGCCUGGCCCUCAGCGAGUCGUACCCGCACGCCCGCAUGGCCGUGCGCGGUCUCAUCACUUACAACGGGAUCUACGACUGGACCACUUUCUUACCGGACCAUCCCAUCCACCGACCGAAAGGUGACGACCGCAUCCUCAUCGAGUCGCAGCUGCAAAAGCUCAACCGCGAUCUCGACGAGGACAGCGGACCGGCGGCUACCUCGCCCAUCAUUGCGCAUUAUCAGCGAAGGCUCGAAGACCUCUUCGGCUCGCCGUCGGGAUUGUUCGAUAGCUUCGCGAGCGCUUGUCUGUUCUUUCAUACGGCCGGACUUUUUGUCCCGCCGACUUUUCAUGAGAGGUAUGUCCCGGAAUGGCUUCUGCCGCCGCCUCCGGGGCCUUUGAUUACAGGCGCUUCUGGUGCCGGUGUUAAUGGCGCCGGCAACGGCCAGGGCCAACAUAUCAACGACCCUCAUGACCCCUUUACCCCUCCGACCACUUCCCCUCAGCCCGAACCACCCUUCCAAGACGACUUCGACUUCCUCGACCCGGACGACUUCGACCACUACGUGCACACCUAUGAAGAGUACGGCAAGGAAAUGUCCAUGGCCAACUACCACGACCUCGACCUCGGCCCCGACCCCGACAACUCCGAGCCCUUCGAGCAAGGCUCACAAGGCUCAGCAGUAGCAGCCGCAGAAGACACCACAGCAGAAGAAGACAUACACCAACAACAACAGCAAGAAACCCUCCAGCUCCAGACGCAAGUGGAAGAAAAAAUGUCCAUGGUCAACGACCACUACGACCACCACGACCACGACCUCGACCUCAACCCUGAUGACUUCGAGCACCCCGAGCACUUUAACCAGUCUGAGCCAGACUCACCAGACUCAGCAACAGCAUCCUUGAACCCCGAAGAAGACAUACACCAACACCACCAAACCCUCCAGCUCCAGCACCAGCAUCAAACCCAAGCCGAAGAAAAAACAUCCAUGGUAUACGACGCCUCGGGCGAGCCCGACUCUGUAGCAGCCGCCGAUCUCAUCUGUGAAGUGCACCGGCACCUGCAGCAACAAGAUGAAGCGCUCAAAGUGCAGAUCAUCCACGCCAAGUUCCCGCGCAAGUCGUACGUGCACUUCCCGUCGCGGCACUCGAUGCUCAAGCUGCCCGACACGCUGCUGCUGUACGAGACGCCGAGCGCGGAGGAGCUGCCGCCGUUCAAGUGCGAUGCUUUGGCGCGAUUGGGCGUGGAGGGGAGUGGGGCUAUGAGUUUGUCGGCGAGAUAUAGGAAGGGGAAGGGGAAGGAGGGGAAGAUAAAGGAGGGGAAACAAAAGGGGAAGGAGAAGAAGGAGAAGAAGGGGAUUAAGAAGGGGAAGGGGAAGGGGGUAAAGGAGGAGGAGAAGGAGGGAGAGGAGGGAGAGGAAGAUGAACAGGAGGAAGAGCAACAGGAGGAGAAAGAAGAAGAAAAGGAAGAGGAAGAUGACGUGGAGGAAGAUGAAGCAGAAGAGGUCGAUGGAGAAGAAGGAAAGACCAAAAAAAAGAAAUCCCGCCCCCGCCUCAAAACGCGCAAAAACCGCCGACCCCCCGUCGCCAUCACCGCCGGCGAGAACAGCUUCCGCACGCAAGCGCACGAGCUGGCGCUGCUGAUGCAGCGGAGCAUCGAGACGUUGGAGCUCAGAGAGCGGCAGAAGUGGGACGAGGACUACAUGGUCGACAUCCACCACUGGGAGCUGGAGGCGGCGAGGAGGGUCAAGGUGGCGGACGUGGGCGUGGUGGACGAUCAGGAUAUGGAGAUUGGCGAUCUGGAAGGGGUCGGGGACUUGGAUGAGAGGGGGAGGGAGAUCGUGUUGGAGUGGUUGGAGGAGAAGAUGGACAAGGCCCGUUGA